AUGCCGGAGUCUCUUAUUGAGCAUGAGGUAACUGGUAGCCCACGCCAAAAGGGAUUCAAGACAUACAAAGAUUACUACCAGUCAAGUUUCCCCUUCGAGAAGGAUCUUGAUGACCGAUACUUCAAAGAACAGGGACAAUCAUCCGAGAACCCAGGUGGUUACAUGCAAGCUGGCUCGAUCACAAUGGUAGACAUUUCUGCAAGCGGUUCUGUCUUCCCUCCGCAUAGGUUUCCCUUGCUGGAGGGGGGACCAAUAGAUCCUAGGCAUCGGGAGGAUUUCCAACGCGCUACACGGUGUCACGGCAACGGCCUCCGCACUAGAAUUGUUAUAUCUGACUAUUGGAGACAUACAAUCUUCUACGAUUUCUUUGCUCUAGAGUAUGGUUUGGACCCAGAGCUCUUCAGAGCAAUUUUUGGCUAUUUCAAACGCCUCGAUGGAAAUAUAUUCGACCCCCGCAGUGUGACUGCUUUCCUACCGUGGGAUUCCUGUUCGAAGGACAAACCCGAGCUUUUCAAUCUUGGCUAUGGACGAUUUGCACUCUGUUUUGAGAGGGAGUGUGGAACGACGGUGAAGCAUGAUUUAAACAUUGUGUUCAUUUUCUGGACUCCCCCAAGACGGUGUCGAGAUGUUCAAAACGAUAUUCCCAUUCCUGCAUCGAUUUUGCGCUCUCAUUUUCGCGUUCAGAGUCGAUGGGACGUGACCGCAGAAGACCGACCUUCGGCCAUAUUAUCUCGGUAUGUCCUCAGUGAUUAUCACGACUAUUAUAACGACUACAAGGUUUUCGUCAAUCUUUACAACACCCUUCUACUUAAUUGGCCUUACGAUCGAGUAUUGGAGGCCAACCUGAACGCGAUGCUUUUUCUGGCACCGUGUUUAGAUUUCAAGUUUGCAGAACUAUAUACCAUCUCCACGCUUCUCAGUGAAAGUCACGGAACCAACCGUGAAUCGCUACAUACAGCAUGGCGAGCUCUACGGGCUGACAUUGAAGCAACUGCUGCAAGCCGAUAUAGCUGGGAUAGGUUAUGGGAUCCCACUGGAGAUCCCCAGCCUAGGGAUAUGUUUGCGAUUGACCAUGACCAUGCCAUGGAAUGUGCUAGAAGGAUGGAGUCCCUCAUCAGAGAUGAGCAGCAGUUGGAAGUUGGCAGAUUAAGCUUAGAGGAGUCAAAAAAAGCUAUUCAGCAAGCAGAGCUUGGGAUCAAAGAGGGAAAGCGAAUGAAGAUGCUCACUAUAAUUGCCUUUGUUUUCUUGCCUGCCUCGUUGUCAACCUCCGCUUUUGGCAUGAACCUACGAGAGCUCAGCACCCCAUCGGUCUGGGUAUUCGUGCUCACAACAGUAGUGAUAUUCUCAGUGUCAUUCUUGUUAUGGUUCACAAUCUAUCAAUUCAACCUCGCCAUUCAUGCUCCACGGUCCCAGAGGACAAUGGGCGAAGGACCACCUCUCUCUAAAAGAUUACAUUGUCUGUUUUGGCUUAUCCGCCACCGCCAUAUUAUCUUCUUAUUCCGCUCCGGCAUUGCCAUUUCGUUGCUGUCCGGUGGCAGGAUUGGGUUUCUACCAGCAUGUCAAAACAAGGAUUGCAGCGCGAGAUUAAUUCCCAAUCGACUAGGUUUGGAUAUUGCUGAGCCACACGAUCCAAAUCGGCCCUGGGCGUAUGUCACGUAUCAUAUGUUUGUGCACGGGGGAGAUUGGACGGCACGGCCUUUCAGUGGUGUCAUCCUAAACUAUAGGAGUGUAGGGUGA